UCUGAAUAAAAUUAUAUAGCUUAUUUUUAAAAAUAAAUACUUUGAACUAUAAAAUUAAAUAGUAAUAAAAAUUAUUUAAAUCUAUACAAUACUUUGAACCACUUUUUAUCCACUUUCCUCAGUCUUACAUAUAAUUUGGACCAUUAGAUCUGUUUGAUCCUCUCUUGUACCACUAGAUCUACUUGAUCCGUUCUUUUUCCACUUGAUCCGUUUGAUCUGCUAAAUCUGCAGCGAUAGAUCCAUUUUCUUCAUUCGAAACCUAAGAGUUCGAAUGGAGAGUUGAAAAAAGAUCUAGGACACACUUAGGUGUGUGUGCUGCACUCGAAUUAACUGUAUACAGUGAUGAACUGCUUGUGGUUCAAAUUUAUGAGUGAAAAAUUAUGAACCACUGCUACAAUAUGUACACAACAAUACUUGAGUGUUUCUAUCAGUUUUUGUUCUUCUUCUUUUUUUGUUAAACAAAUAUUCUUUUACUUGUAUAAUAUGUAGCACAUACUCAUUUAAAAUAGCUUUAAUCCUAUAUAAUACCUACAAAAGUUCAGCGUUAAACAAAAGAAUGAGAAUUCAUUUUGACUACAUAUAUUUUGCCAUUAGAUAAUAUAAUAGUUUUCUUUCAAAUUUUUAUUUUUUAUGUGUUAAUUAAUAUUAAAACUAAAAAUUAGUAUACUAUUUUACCAAAAAUUAUACCUACUUUAAAAUCAUCAAAAUUUGAUAUAUAUUUAAUUUACACCUCUUUUAUCAAAAUAUAAUUAUUUUCAGUUUAUCCAAAUUCAUAUACAUAUUAAAUUCUAACAUUUUUCAAUAUGUUUCAACAUUUGUUUAGGAAAUUGAUAAUACUUACCACUACCAGCAAUGAAAAGAAGAAAGAUGGUAGCUAGGAUCAAAAUCGGAAUUGAUAAUAUACUUACACGUCAGUCAGGUCAUGGCUAGUGGCUACAGUGGAUUUGCUUGCCGCGUGAUUCACAAAUGCCAAAGCAGGGAAAGAUCUCAAAUGUGGUUUGGUGCGUGGUUGAGUUUCUUCGAAUGUGAUAAAGCUGUGGAUACAAAGAGUCAGUUGAUUAAUAUUAUGCUCUUUUUAGAAAUAUUUGCUGCUCCUUAUAUGCCCAGGUAUUUCCAUCGAAUGACCAUAUGAGAUGGUUGUGUUAUUCUCAAUGUGGAUUCUAGGUCUUUUCUUUUGAACAUAUCUAUUGUAUUUGUAUACUUUCGAAUAAUGAUGGCUACUAUUUAGACUCUUGCUCAUAAAGUGUAUUGGUUCAAGCUUUUAGUGGACAUAAAUGCUGUUGUUCUGUUGUUGAAUUUCAUCCGUUUGGUGAUAUUUUUCGCAUCAGAUCUAAUGACACAGAGCUAAAGAUUUGGGACAUCAUGAAGAAGUGGCGCAUAUAGACGUACAAGGGGCAUAAAUGUGACAUAAACAUCAUCAAAUUUAGUCCCGGUGGUCAUUCAGUAGUGACAGAAAGACUUGGCAAUGAUGAAAAGGUAAGAACUGCAUUGUUAAUCUUUUGCUUUGUCUUUUUUGAACAUGUGUUCUUUAAACAAUACACUACUGACUGUAUAUAACAUGUAUACGAUUUGACUGCUGGGAAGCUUAUACAUGAUUUUAAUUUUCAUGAAGGUUCUAUCCGUUCUCUACACUUCCACCCACAUCAAAUCUGCAGUAGCAAAAUCCAUUUUCUUUACAAUUGAGCUUAAUGUCAAAGAAAUUCUCUACUACUAAUAUAUGUAUUGUUGCAGACGGAUUUCACCCCAUUCUAGACGUGGUCCAAGAAUUUUUUUUUUUUUUUUUUUUGUUUUACUACUGUUAUAUACAUCCAUAGAAUCGAGAGGUGUUUAAUGGUCAAACUAGAAAAAAAUAGACUCAAAGUCUCAACACUAACAUGUGUCCAAUGUGAUGGGCUAACCAUUCUGGUUCCUUUACCAAAAACCCAACACCUCAAUUUUCCCUCCUACACCUCCCGCCAAUUCAGUUAACCGGUGAUAGCCGGUUACCUGGCGACCGGUUAGAAGAACAAGGCUCGUAAAAUUGAAUCCAUCUCCCCCUUUCAACUCAAAUCCGUCUCGCCCACCAAAUUUACCCUAAACCCUAACUAGUGUCGCCUCUUCAUCGUACUCUUGUCGUCCGAUUCGCCAAGCUUUGUGGAUUUUUUUUGCAACAUGAGUGCCAUCAACAUCACCAACGUCACCGCCUUGGACAACCCAGCGCCUUUUGUCAGCCCUUUUCAGUUCGAGAUUUCGUACGAGUGCCUAACAUCUCUCAAAGACGAUUUGGAAUGGAAACUUAUCUACGUAGGCUCAGCAGAAGAUGAGACUUAUGAUCAAACUCUAGAGAGUGUGCUUGUUGGGCCUGUUAAUGUUGGCAACUACCGCUUUGUAUUGCAGGCUGAUCCUCCGGAUCCAUCAAAGAUCCGCGAGGAAGACAUCAUAGGUGUCACGGUGCUGUUGUUGACAUGUUCUUACAUGGGUCAAGAGUUCUUACGAGUUGGAUAUUACGUCAACAAUGACUAUGAAGAUGAGCAACUCAGGGAAGAGCCUCCAACUAAGGUUUUGAUUGAUAAAGUCCAGAGGAACAUACUCUCCGACAAGCCUAGAGUUACUAAGUUCCCUAUUAAUUUUCAUCCAGAGGACGAGCAAACUGCUACCGCUCCUCCUCCUGAACCAUCUGAUGAACAACCUGAUGUCAAUGACGCAUCUCAAGUUUCACCUGACCAGCCACCAAAACCACAGGAGUCUCCCCAGGAAUCAUGAUUCUUCCUUGAGCCAAAUCGUCCAAAAUUGGAUGGGAACGAUCGUGUCCUUGUCCCCAAAGGUCUUGGGUUUUGCUUCUCUAUCUCCAAACAUAAUCUGCAAUUUUACUGUACUUGUUUGUAAGAGGCUUUAGGGAAGUGGUUCUUGACUUGUUUGAAUAUUUUUGUUAUUGGGCAAAGAUUUAGAUGAAGCAAAGCCCACAUUUCGAAAACAAGAUAAUUUUCUGAAGUUCUGCUGUCUCUACUUGUUAGAUUGUGUCUGAAUUUAACAUGAAGGACUUUCCUUUUGAAGAUAGGUCUAAA